AAACAUCAGCGUGGAUUUUGUUGUUUUUGUUUUACUAUAAAAUUGUGUGGUAUGUUAUUGCUUUUGUAUCUCUUGAAAGUAUUACGCACAGUUCUACUUCCUUUAAAAUCCAUUUAAAUACAGCCAAAAUGGGAAUUCAGCUGCGUAAUAAUGACAUUUUUUCAGAUAGAUAUUCUGGGAGGAUCAGGACAAUCUAAACAUGUCGUGAUACUUGUUUACAGUUACAGACUCAAUGUUUAGACAGAGGGUGGGGGAUAAACAGAAGUAAAAUAAUUUAAGACAUACAAACCGUAGGCAAUGCAAACAUUUACUUAAGACAACUCGUGGGAUGCAUGAUUAUCACCAGUCAGAUCUCGCCCCAUAAGUGCUGUGAUUGGGCAUUGAUAGAAAGGGGCGUAACGCUUCUUCCCUCUGUAUAAAUACACAGACUCCUCGCUAUUUGAUAGUUCACCUAUUUAUGAGUAACGCAAGUCGGAUGUGGUCCAGAUGUGCAACCUGAUAUUUCUCUCAGCGUGUAGGUAGACAAUCGUAAGUGUUGCACUCCAGACAUCAGCAUGUACCUGUUUGCCAGAGGAUGACUGCGUUUUAACCGGACAGCUACUGAACACAUGCAUGCGCAUCCUGCUUUAUUUAGAAGACCGGGAGGUGCGCGCAACUGUGACCAAGGAUGGGCUUCCAAGUGCAGGGAUCCUACUGGUACCCAAUCUGUGUCCUGCUAUUGUGGAGCUCCGUGCGCGCUCGAGAGCCGAUCUGUCAGGAGAUUUCCGUCCCGCUGUGUAGAGGAAUCGGAUACAACUACACGUACAUGCCCAACCAGUUCAAGCAUGCCACGCAGGACGAGGCUGGGCUCGAGGUGCAUCAGUUCUGGCCGCUCGUGGAGAUCCAGUGUUCCCCGGACAUGCGCUUCUUUCUUUGCAGCCUGUACACGCCUAUCUGUCUGGAGGAUUACAAAAAGCCACUGCCGCCGUGCAGGAGCGUGUGUGAGCGGGCGAGAGCUGGGUGCGCGCCGUUAAUGCGCCAGUACGGUUUCCCGUGGCCGGACCGAAUGAGGUGCGAUCUGCUGCCCUUGCAGGGGGAUCAAAACACUUUGUGUAUGGACUACAACAGGACUGAUAUAACAACAGCGUCACCGGCUGCUGCAAAACCGACGAGCCGCCCGGGGAAACCAAACAACCGGAGGACUAAAAGCAAUAAUGGACGCGCGCCGGGUGGUAAACAUAAAUUGCCUGGAUUCGGAUCGACUUCCUGUGAGCCGGGAUGCCACUGUCGGGCUCCAAUGGUUACUGUAAGCAGUGACCGGCAUCCUCUGUUCAACCGGGUCAAAACGGGUCAGAUUACGAAUUGCGUAAUGCCGUGCCACAGCCCGUACCUUUCUCAAGAAGAGAGGACCUUCACUACUUUUUGGAUAGGAGUGUGGUCAGUUCUGUGUUUCGUGUCCACGUUUGCCAUGGUGGCCACGUUUCUGAUCGACAUGGACAGGUUUAAAUACCCGGAGCGCCCGAUCAUCUUCAUGUCCGCCUGCUAUAUGUUCGUGUCCGCCGGGUAUAUCAUCAGACUCAUCGCCGGGCACGAAAAUGUUGCUUGCAACCAGGACCAUGAGGUGGAUCACAUCCAUUACGCAACUACAGGACCUGCGCUUUGUACGCUUGUGUUUCUGUUAAUCUAUUUUUUUGGGAUGGCGAGCUCCAUCUGGUGGGUCAUUCUCACCUUCACGUGGUUCCUAGCGGCCGGGAUGAAGUGGGGAAACGAAGCAAUUGCGCGCUACUCGCAGUACUUCCACCUGGCUGCGUGGCUAAUACCGAGCGUAAAGUCCGUCGCGGUGCUUGCGCUGAGCUCGGUGGACGGGGACUCGGUUGCGGGUAUCUGCUACGUGGGCAAUCAAAAUUUGGAUAAUCUGCGAGGCUUCGUGAUUGCUCCACUGGUGAUUUAUCUUUUGAUCGGAACUGUGUUUUUAUUUGCCGGGUUCGUGUCCAUGUUUCGGAUACGAAGCGUAAUUAAACAAGGCGGCACGAAAACAGACAAACUGGAGAGGCUGAUGGUAAGAAUCGGCGUCUUUACGGUGCUGUACACGGUGCUCGCCACUGUGAUCGUAUCCUGUUAUGUCUACGAACUGUACAAUCGGGAGGCGUGGGAAAACGCACAUGCGUGCUCCUGUCAGCCGGAGAAAACAGCGCCGAGACAGUAUUAUGCAGUUUUUAUGCUCAAGUAUUUUAUGUGCCUGUUGGUCGGGAUCGCGUCCGGUGCGUGGACGUGGUCCGGCAAAACUCUAGACUCGUGGCGCGCUCUGUGCGCGCGCUGCUCCUGCAGCAGCUGGGGCGGUAAGGGCACGAGUGGGUCCGUUUACAGUGACGCGAGUACGAGACUCACGUGGAGGUCGAGCUCCGCGAGGUCGAGCACCGCGAGCUCGGUUCUGUGUCCCCCAAAACAAAUGCCACUGUCACGCGUGUAAUGACAGAGCAAACGAGACAAUUGCUGUUUACCUUUCCAGAUAGAAUAGGAAUUAUAAAUUAAUUUUGUUUAAUUACAUUUCAGAAUACUUCAGAGGCAGUGCCUUAAAAGUCAUACGGGUUUUUGUAUUUUUAUGUAUUUAUUAAAGGCAUUGUGAUUAUAACAAUGACUUUUGUUAUAUUUUUUUACAAAGAUUGGGUAUAUUUAUUGUUUAUGCUUUUUUUUGACAAAUAUUACUAUUUUAACAAUAAAAACGCAACUUGAAAUCUUUCUUAAAGUGUUUUCUAUGAAAGAUAAGCGAUGGGGUCGAAAAGUCUGACCACAAUAAAUGUUUUGGGAUUGUGCAUCAUUAAAAUAAUAGUUUGCAAAUAAAGCUAUUCCAAACCUGUAUAAAAUGUUAAUAAACAAACACAUCUGGGGCACCAUUCACUUCCAUUGUAUUAUCUUUCGUACAAUUGAAACCAAUGGUGACCCAGAUCUGCUUGGUUAGAAAUAUUCUUUAAAAUAUCUCCAUUUGUAUUCAGCAAAAUAAUUUUUAGUAAAAAAUACUGGACAUUAGACAGAAAUGUCAAACUAAAACUAUUUUACUAUAGUUGUCACAGAUUUUGGACCCCACUGUAUAUUGGUUUAAGGCCUACAAAAAAAUGAAGUAUGGCCAAGAAGUAUUUUACACCAUACGUUAUAAAGCCUUUGUGAAGAGGACACAGCUAUCUUACAUCUAUUGAACAGUACAUUAUCUAGUCAUGGUCACAAGAUUUAAACCAAAAUCCAGCUUGUUCAAAAUAAGACAUUUAUUUUGUAUUUACAUCUUUAUAUUUCACAGUGCACGUCCAGCACAUAGCAUUUUAAUACAUUAAACUAUUGGAAACACUUUACAAUAAGGUUGUAUUAGUUAACAUUAGUAAAUAAAUUAGCUAACCUGAAUAAACAAUGUGAGUUUUUCAGCAUGUAUACAUUUUUGUAAAUGUUAGUUAAUGUCAGUAGUUAUUAUUGUUAGUUCAUGGUGCAUUAAUUAAUGUUAACAGUGUUUGAUUUUGUAAAUGUAUUAGUAAAUGCUGAAAGUAAAUCUAAGAUAAAAAAUAAAUAAAAGUAUUGUUCAUUAUUAGUUCAUGUUAGCUAAUGCAUAUACAAACAGUAAAUACAAUCUACCAUACAACAGUAAAAAAGAUUUGAAUAUUUUUAGGACAACAAUGCUUCAAUAUUUAAAAAAAGUAAUAGACUUUAACUAAAUGAUUAAAAUAAA